CACUAUCUCUACAUCUCUUUCAUCGUAGGCGACACACAGCAAGCCAUGGCUGAUCAUCAAAUGACCACAGGCUCUGACGCAGAUUCUUUCGAUCUGGCGCCAGACUCCCCGUUGAAUAGAGAGAAGACACGCGCAGCGCAUGCAAGUUGGAUCCUCGAGUUGGAACAGAGGCCUGAGUUCAGACUCAUAGCGGCAUAUCUACAGCAAUGUGACGCUACGCUUGAGAAGGUUGCCGACCAGCUGGUCGACCUCACCCACAAAUCUGCUAUGGAGGAGACAAUAGGCAAUCAUUGCUGGAUCACUGCUUGCUGUUUUUUGGAGCUUGCAGCCCGGAAUGCCCCGGCGCAACAAGCAAAGCUUAUCGACCUUAUUGUCACUCUUCGCCACGUCAUUCUCACCGACUCUAGCACAAAUGCGCCGUUGGCAUUUGAGGACGGUGAGGGUGUCAUCUGGCUAGAUCUUCCUACUUUUGGAUACACUAUCGCAGAUGAGAUGGGAUCGUUCGAUGGUCAAGAACAAGAAUACACGCCAGAAGAAGUCCAGAAGUGGGAGAACUUGACAGCUUUCCUCGCCCAGGUCGACGCAGUUACAUUGGAUUCACCAUCGCCGCUAGACUUCUCGCAGUCAUGGGCGUUAACAUCCUUUGCCUGGGCUUUCGAAGGCGGUGGAAACGCGGACAGACCUUCUGAGCUUGCUGUCCGCCUGGCGUGCAUCUGGCUCGUCCAUGAUAUAGAGAAGCUGUGGCGUAAGACAUCGGACGCCCAGGCAGAGCAGAACACACUAGAACGCUGGAAUCACUGGAGACAGGGUCUGAUGGAUAGUCAGACUCGUUUCAGCAACGGAACAACGUCAGCGCUGAUUGCACAUGCGCUGGUUCUGAUGCAGCGCAUUGAAAGUCUUUGUAGGGGCCAGCGAUGACCCGAUAGCGAGACUCUACGUGCUACCAGAGCUCACAGCAGCCAAUGUCACUGAGAUUAAUCCAGCUAAUAGUCAAGUCAGAGGUGACAACGCUACUGUUACGCCCGUAUCAUCUAGGCUGAGUUCACGUGUCUGCAAGUUCAUCGUCCGCCAGUGGCAUGGCCUCUGCGUGGCUCUGAAGCACAAUGGACCACGCUAUAUAGGCAAGUACAGCCAGGAACUAGAGAAGCUUACUUGGAUACAGACAUGCAGUGAAUCUGCGCAUACAGGCAUUGUCGCGCAAAACCCAGCUUUUAGGAUAACUCGAUGCCCAAACAGUGAAAGGAAACUGCGACCAGCCGCAGUUGCCUGUCAUACGCA